UGUUGGACUUAUAUCGAAUCGAAUUAUCACACGCAGGCAUGGAACACGCAGUCAGCGCUGGAAAUAUUAUCUGUGGUCAUGGAAUACAGCGAUCCGAGUCUAUUAGACUUUCUCUGUGGGAUAGCGAGAGACGUUCUGGUCCAAAGUUGUGAUAAGUAUUACGAACAUAAUCUGGAGGCAUAUCUACAAGUGUUUCUGAGUUUCGUCCAGUGUAUAAGAAGAUGGUUUCCUAUACAGGAGAGAGAUGACAAUAUUGCGGAUAAUAAUGAAGAAAUGGAAUUAGAUUUAAUGAAUGACUUAUUAGAAUAUAUAAAGAACACCGAGGAGGCGGAGCGAUUGAUGGAGACCGAGGAGUUCGAACAGGAAACCGGCAGGAGUGUUGAGGAAAUGUAUAAAGAAGAUUUGAAGAGUAGAGAAGACAAUGUAUUAGAUUACGAUGACAAGGUCACAGAGGAGAAGCGUCCGUUGCCGGAGCACGUGUCGGUGACGUCAUGCAUCCUGAAGCGGUGCGUCAUGUUCGUGGUCGGGCAGCGGCGGGCGGCGGCCGCGCUCGCGCUGGCCACGCUCGCUGCGGGGCUGCCGGUACUCGAGUCGUACCACGACGAGCUGCUGCCGCUUGUACACCAGGCGUGGGGACCGCUCGCUCACAGGUGUGUACGCACAGCUUUUGUCGAGUUUCUGCAAUGGAUUUUGACCUCUAUCCUCAAUAUAAACACUGCUAUUAUACGUGCAUAUGCCAAAAUCAGGGUUCGCAAAACUCCUAUAUUUAUUAUAAACAUUAAAAUAGCCUUCUUUGUCAUGCUUUAUUUUAUAUUUAAAAUUUCGAAAUUUCUAGUAAGUAAAAUUGGCCACUUUGAUCCAAUGUUGCCAGCGUCACAUCGGGUAGGUAAAUUUUCUAGCAGACUCGAUACUCAAUUUAACAAUAAAUAUUAUAAAUAUCAAUUUAUACUUUAUCUCAACGUAUAUACUUUCAUAUUUAUCAACGAACCCUGGUUAAAAUCAAAUGGCAGGCCUUAUUAGGAUUCGACGUUCCAUGUUUCAAUUGGUCUCUCAACUUAGUUUUAAAUUUAAUCAAAUACUGCAAUGGUUUUUGAUCUCUACCCUCAAUAUAUUAAGGUUUAAAAUUUAGUGGGGAAGUUUUACAGUUUUAUAUAGUUUGACGCAAACUUAACUGCACCACUCGAUACAUCUAUAAAGCUGUGCCUGCCACUUCAUCAGCAUCUUUAAUUUUUUAGGGUUCCAUACCCUAAGGGUAAAACAACAACCCUAUUUCUAAGACUUAGCCGUCUGUCUGUAGCCAGGUUGUAUCUCAUGUACUUUGAUUUAAUAAAUAUCAGAUGUAAUUUAUUAAUAAGUCUUGUGUUAAAAUUACAAAUAUCUAACAAACACAAUAACAUUUUUUUUAUUUCGCCGGAUUAACAAUUCUUCAUUAAAUUAUGUUAUUGGAAAUACCGCAAAAUUAAAAACCAAAAUUACUUUAUUUGAUAAAAAUUUGGAAAAAAAUUAAAAAUAAAUGUAACAAAAAUCAAGAUCCUGUUUUAAAAGUACAGUAGCGUCAUCUAGUGCUCAGUAGAGAUAGCUAAAUGUAACAUUUUCGUGUAACCAAUAUAACAUAUGCAUUUUAAAUCAGCGACAAUGAUUGUACCGAUUAAAAUUAUUGAAAACAUUAUUUAAUCUUGCGUAAACACCUUAAAUUAUUAAAAAUAGAUUAAGAAAAGGAUGACAUGGAAUAUAACUAAAAUGACAAAUUGAAUUCUAAACAAUGGUUACUAUGGUAACGAUUUAAUGCCUUAUACGAACUUCCACUCCCAUUUUCAGCCCUUUAUGUGCUUUUUUUCGGGAUAAGACAGAUAAAUACUGCCGCGGACUUUAUAGAUCUUUUAAAAUAUGAUUAAUUUAGUAAUAUGUACAUGUUUUUUUGCGUAACUUUUACUGUUUACGCAGCGUACGCAAGGAAAUUUUAAAAAGUAAAAUAUUCUCCCGUUUUUGCGACAUUUUUCAUUGCUGCUCCACUCCUAUAAGUCAUAACGUGACGUUAUACUAUAUGGCAUGUAGCCUUCCUCGACAAUGUAGCCUUCCUCGACAAGUGAACUAUUCAACACUUAAAUUCAAUUCGUUCCAGAAGUUCAUUUAAUUUUAGAGUUCAAUCAACAAACUCUUCAGCUUUAUUCAGCUCUAUUAGUAUAUAGAUUUAAAAAAAUACACUUUACGAUUUUUUUAAAUCUUAUCACAUCACAUAGAUAUAUUCCAUCAGGGACUUUUAUUUAUAGAUAAUUUAAAGCUCUUCAACUUUGCUUUAGAAAGCAUUACCGUUUAAGCAGCGUUCACAAAAAUAGGCGCCCUUGGAAGUACUUCUAUCCUUAGGGAACCUUUUAGCGGGAUUAAAAGUAGCCUAUAUGUAAUCCAGACCAAGAAUUGCUGAAAUACCAAAUUUCAUGUAAAUCCGUCCAGUAGUUAUUGCGUAAAGAAGUAACAUGCAUACAAACCUACAAAUUUUUGUCUUUAUAAUAUUAAUAGGAUGACAACUCGUGAGCGACGACUUCUAACACAUACUGAGGCUUCAACGGUUAACAUUUAAGCCCAUAAUUAUAUAGGAUCACUACAGUGUCUAUGUCUGUCCGUCCGUUUCAGCUAAUUUACUUUAUAACUUGAUAUAUAUAUUUGUAAUUAUUCAUUUUGAUUAAUUUUGCAUUCACAAUGCUAUCUUGGAAAAUAAUCGAAAUGAAAAAUCCUUAAAAAUCUGCAAGUAUUAAUGAAAUUACGCUCACUAGUAGCGAAAAGAGAUUGAAAAAUUCGUCAGUCCUGUUAUGUCCCAGGUAGAUCAUUGGUUAGAGCGGUCGCCCGGCUUGCGAAAUGUCAUCGGUUCGAUUCUCAUCUCAGAGUACCUGAGCUUGUGGAUUUUUUAAAGCAUAUUUCAUUAAGAAUACGUACGUUUCUGUGCAGACUGGCGACGUACGAGCCGCUCGUGUGGCGGCGCGCUCUAGACUUGUUGGUGACGACGGCGACGCUCGCCAGAGACUUCAUACACAACAGAUGCGUUAAGUGAGUGCUUUUGUAUUUGAUCUUUAACAUUAUUUAUUUUUAUUAUUCACGUCGAUUCAUCAAUUUAGAAACAUUAUACAUACUUAAUUUCAAUUAAUA